AUGGCGAGUCUUAAGAGAUGCCUGAUGCUGUGUAGAAAGACUUCGGGGCUCCUCUUGGGUAGUCAGAAGGUUGCGCAGAAGGUUGCGGGCAGCGGGAGGUGCCGCGGGUUCAGCUCAACGGAGUCGUUGGGUCGGCGACACUGCAAGGGGAGUCUGGGGGAGGGAGCGACCAACUUGGACGGGAACAAAGAGUUCUUGAUCUCCAAGAUAGAGGAGGUCAGGCCGGCAUGUGAGCUUGAGAAGACGUCCCCGCACAGUCUGGCAAGGAGAGUGAUCCAGGAGGAGGCAGAGGCGCUGAUGAGGCUGGCGGACAAGGUAGACGCGUCCUUUGACGAUGCUGUGUCGAUGCUGGAGAGGCUUGAUGCCAACUCCCGUGUAAUUGUUGUGGGAAUCGGCAAGUCCGGUCAUCUCGGGCGAAAGAUCGCAGCGACAUUUUCGUCCACGGGGACCUCGGCCCUCUUCAUGCACGCGACUGAAGCUCUGCAUGGCGACCUGGGGGUGGUGCGAGGAGGAGAUGUUGUGCUCCUGCUGUCCAACAGUGGAGAGACGCAAGAGGUGCUCGACGUCGCUCGAUCGCUCAAGGAGAUGCGAGUCAAGACCAUCGCCGUCUGCUCCUCCGAGACUUCGACGCUGAGCAGCCUGUGCUCGCUCUGCAUACCCAUCGGCAAGCACAAGGAGUUGGACCAUAACGGACUGGCACCUACCGCAAGUGCCAUAGUGAUGAUGUCAGUGGGCGACGCGUUAGCUGUUGUUCUCUCCAAGAGGAAGCGAUUCUCCAAGAAGGACUUCAGUCGCUGCCACCCUGCUGGUGAGAUCGGCAAGGCUGCUCGAGACUGA